AUGGUCAAUUUAAUACUUUGUCCAAGACCCAUAAUACAUGCCGUUAGUAGAAAUACCAACAGACAGUAUUUUUCAACUAGAACUUCCAUUAAUGUAGCUGUUUCCAUUUUAAAUGGUGUAUUUAAAAAAGAUAAUCAACAGGGAAACCGUUUUUUUUCAAAUUCGUUUACAGAAAAACAACAGAAGGAGCCUACACCGCAAAAACCAAUAGUUUCACGUUCAAAUGCGUUGAAUACUUCCCCAAUAGAAUUUUCCUCAAAUUUAUCAAAUAUUGAUGCCCAAUUAAGGAUUCCUGACUCAGCCAAAAAAGUUUUUACAUGUACGCCGGAUGUCUCCGAUAAACUUGACCAUGACAUUAUUAGCGAACAGACCACUUCUAGUUAUCCAUUUAAAGUAAAAUAUGUUAAUAAAGUUAAAAAUACCAAAAAUACUUCCUCUUCUUCCGCUCAGCAGGUAGAUAUAAAGAAAAUUAUGAAUGCAUAUUUCCAAUUAAGUAAACCAAGAUUAACAGUUCUAGUCAUGCUUAGUGCUAUUUGUUCUUACGCAUUAUCACCAUAUGCGGCUAGUAUACCUCAAUUGCUAUCUCUAACAGUUGGUACUACACUUUGUUCGACAGCAGCUAAUGCUAUUAAUAUGGGAAGAGAACCAGAAUUUGAUAGGAGAAUGAUUCGUACACAAGCGCGGCCAGUAGUUCGUGGGACAUUAUCUCCAAGACAAGCAUUUACUUUUGCUGGUAUAUCUGGGACUUUGGGAACUUUGAUUUUAUAUUUUGGGGUCAAUCCAACUGUAGCCUUAUUAGGUGCUUCUAAUAUUAUAUUAUACGCAUGGAUCUAUACUUCAUUAAAAAGAAAACAUAUUAUAAAUACCUGGGUUGGUGCAAUCGUUGGUGCAAUUCCGCCCUUAAUGGGCUGGGCCGCUGCUAGUCCUUUAACAGACCCCGGCUGCUGGUGCUUAGCUGGGUUAUUAUAUGCGUGGCAAUUUCCCCAUUUUAACACAUUAAGCCAUAAUAUUAAAAAUGAAUAUAAAAAUGCAGGCUAUGUGAUGACUGCUUGGAAAAAUCCAAAGUUAAAUGCUCGGGUAGCUCUACGAUACUCGUUGUUAAUGUUCCCAUUGUGUUUUGGACUUUCAUAUUUUGGUAUUUGUGACUGGUAUUAUCAAAUAGAUUCUGGUAUUGCUAAUACUUGGUUAUCGUUUUGGGCCUUCAUGUUUUGGUGGCAACAGAAGAAAAACUAUUCUUCCAAAAUUUGUAACGACUCCAUUGCAUUCAACAAAGGUUUAUCAAAAGCUAACGUAUACGCUAGAAAAACUUUUUGGAUCAGUGUGUUGCAAUUACCAGCGGUUUUAAUAUUGGCCAUAUUACAUAAGAAAGGUCGUUGGGAUGGUAUCUUUGACAAUGACAACAACAACAACACUGUCAUUACUUCUAAAUCUGAAACAUAG